AUGUCCGCAACCCGCAGCUCGCAGCUCGCCGCCCGCAACCCGCAGCCCGGAGGUCCGCCGUCGCCCAUUGACCGACCUCGCGUCCCAACCAUACACCACGUCAUGUACCACCUCACCAAGGGGCUGUAUCUCUACGCCACGAGCAAAGAAGAAUACUCCGUCAUACUGCUAGGCCUUGACAAUGCCGGCAAAACCACGUUUCACGAACAGGUCAAGUCCAUGUUCCUCCCCAGCGCGCCCGAGCCAAAGCUCAAGACUGUCCCGACCGUCGGCCAGAACGUCUCGACAAUCACGCUGCCCGACAUGUAUCUCAAGCUGUGGGACGUCGGGGGCCAGCUGUCGCUGCGCAACCUGUGGCAGAGCUACUACGCGAGCUGCCACGCCAUCGUCUUCAUCAUCGACAGCACCGACAUUGGCGACGGGACGCUGGAAGACGACAAUGUUCGGCUCGACGAGUGCAGGCUCGUCUUGGAGGACGUGCUGCAGCACUCGGAAACGGAGGGGGUCCCCCUGUUGAUCCUGGCCAACAAGCAGGACAGAGAGGACUGCGUCGAGACGAUACGCAUCAAGGAAGGCUUGGUCAAGAGGGUUAUGGAGGGCGACAAGGCAGGGAGCAUCCGUGACUCGAGGGUUCUGUCACUGAGCGCACUGACUGGCGAUGGCGUUGGAGAAGCCAUCGACUGGGUAAGGACGCGAGUUCAGUGGAAUAAAGAGUCGAGGCCGCCAGUCAUGAGAUGA